AUGGACCCUGCCAGCGGCAGAGAAACUAGCCUCGAUGCUCUCCAACAUUCGGCUGUGCCAAAAGCGGAGAGUGCCAACGUUGUCUUUUGGGUCGACGUCUUUAUACUCUGCUUUAUUGCCAUUUGCACUCUGCUUCAGUCCCCGCGCUAUUUUGCUCGCCUACUGAGUCCCGACGAGAGAGGCGGCGGACACUUCCUAUCAAGAAAUCCCGUGGCUAGGACGGUCGCUUCUAGUCCUAGUUUGAUGAAGACGAGCGAGUCAUUCGCCGACCUUGUGGAAAGGGCACACUCUGGUAAAUUGGAGCAGCGCACUAAUGCUUUCGUCCCGCAACACAUUCGCGCGUGGCCCACAGUACUCAGGACGACCACCGCAUUUCUGCGUAUCCGGUUCCUCGGCAGAAUCCAUCUUGGCGGUACAAUGCUUCUGACAUUUUAUUUCGGGCUGCUCCUGUUCGCUGGCUUGUACAGGGACAGCUUAUUCACCAACCAAAUACGUGCUGCGUAUGUGGCAGUCUCACAGAUCCCGUUCGUGGUCGUCCUGGCUACGAAGAACAACAUCAUCAGUAUGCUCAUCGGGAUCGGGUGGGACCAUAUAAACUACAUCCAUCGCUUCACGGGAAGACUGCUUGUGAUAGCGGCCAACGUCCAUGCCAUAGGAUACAUCUACCGCUGGACAAUCUUGGGGAAGUUCACUCGGCAUAUAGAGCAACCGCGCUACAUCUGGGGUGUCGUUGCGCUCGUAUGUGUUGAUGUUCUAUCCUUCUCCCUUGCCAUAGUCUUCUUCGUCUCACAUGUCGUCGCGUUCAUACUCUUCCUGGUUGCA